CAACAAGAGGCGGCGGCGGGAGAUGGCAUCGCCGGCGAUUGCAACCGAUCCCAGUGGGGAGAUCAUUGAUCAGCCUGCUACCAGCAGCACUGUUAAAAGAAGUUCAAGGUUUCGCGGGGUUAGCAGGCACCGAUGGACAGGCCGUUUUGAGGCCCAUUUGUGGGACAAAGGUUCCUGGAAUGCCACGCAGAGGAAGAAGGGGAAACAAGUUUACCUUGGAGCUUAUGAUGAGGAAGAAGCAGCAGCAAGAGCUUAUGACCUUGCUGCACUCAAGUAUUGGGGGCCUACCACCAUCACAAACUUCCCGGUUUCUGACUAUGAAAAAGAGAUACAAAUAAUGCAGAAUGUGACUAAAGAAGAGUAUCUAGCCUCAAUAAGGAGGAAUAGUAGCGGUUUCUCACGAGGUAUGUCCAAAUACCGUGGAGUUGCAAGGCACCAUCACAAUGGAAGGUGGGAAGCAAGGAUUGGAAGGGUUUUUGGAAACAAGUACCUCUAUCUUGGCACUUACAGUACUCAGGAGGAGGCAGCUCAUGCAUAUGACAUCGCAGCAAUUGAGUAUAGAGGGAUCAAUGCUGUGACCAAUUUUGACCUGAGUACAUAUAUCAGAUGGCUAAGGCCAGGGGCCACCAAUGCCUUGAAUAUUACCCAAGAGCAACAUGUCAAUGGUGAAGCUCAUGCAGUGCAACCACCCACCAACCUCUUUUCAACAGCCAAAUCCGAAACAUUCUUGCACUGCAACCCCUUUGUCGCAGAGAAUAUGAUCUCAUCAUGUAAGGAAGAGUUUGUACCUCAUGAGUUCCCUGGUGAGCUCCCUGGUGGUAACUCAAGCAGCAAGUCUUCCUCUACUGCACUAAGCCUCCUACUGAAGUCCUCAAUGUUUAGGCAACUUGUGGAGAAGAAUACUAGUGCACUCAAUGAAGAGAUUGAGGAGGAGGAUUUGAAGGAUUGGAAACAACAGCUGGGAGCUGAUAAUGAAAACCAGGGGAUCUUUUACGAAGGAAUUGCUGAUGUGCCAUAUGGUUACUUCCCAAAUGGUGACAACGGACGGGGAAUUGAGCUACAGGAGAGUGUUUCCUACUAUGAGCAAAGUGAGCAGUCAAUAUGGAAUGACAUAGAGAGUAUACCCUCACUGCAAUAGCAGAGAGACCAAUGGAGGAAGAGAAGAGGGGGCGAGAGAGAGAGAUCUGAAAAUUAUGUGAGAUGAUUCUGUCUUGUAUAAUAUAUACAUUCAUCUCUCACUUUCCAGUUGCUUGGCCCAAAGCUUCUUUCCUUUGUGCUAACUAGUGAUAUGAAUAAGAGCCAGGAAUUCUUUAAGAAUGUAUCCUCCUGAAUAUGUGUUAUAUGCUUACAUGAUACCUAAUGAUUGGAUGCUAGGAUGAUAUUGGUAUCACUGUGCAGCUGG